AAUAAAAUCCCAAAAUUAGGGCGCGGUCUUUAACUCUCGCCCAAUUCGCCCGCUCUCUUUUCGGGGAAACCCUGACCCCAACCACCCCCCCGAUUCAAACCCUAACCCUAAUCCUAACCAUAAUAACUUAACCGUAGUUAUCUCUUCGCGAGGCGCUUCGAUCGAUCUCCUCCGUCCCUUCGCCCUCUCUCUCCUCCCACCUCUUUAUCUCACGCCCGUAACCCUAACCCCAACCCUAACCCUACCCCCCGAGAUUCCUUAACCCUAGUUUGAUCCCCAACCCCCGAUCGCUGUUCCCCAAAUCGGAAACCCUAACCCUAGCCGAUCGACGGCGCCGUUCGUGGCGGAACCGCGGCGGGAUCUAGCGGCGACGGGAUCCGACGCGAUGGUGGUGAACGGGCGACCCCUCAAGCGCGCCAAGCGGCGGGUCACCGCCGAUCUCUGCGAUUUCUUCACCUUCCCCGGCGGCGGCGGCGGCACAGAUAAGGGCGGCGCCGUCGCCGCGGAGGGGUUCGAGGGGCCGUUCCGGUGGAGCGUGGGGGAGUUCCUGUCGCGGCACGCUCGGCUCCUCCCGCCGCCCUCGAUCCUCUCGCCCCCCGCCGCGGCGGCGCCGCCGCACCUGCUGACGUGGCGGAUGGCGUUCCGCGUCGGCGACGCCGCCGCGGCGGACGCGGACGCGGCCGUGGUCGAGCUCAGCGUCGUGGAGGAGGACGUGCUGAGAUCGAAGUCGAUAUACUGCGAUCAAUGCCGAGUCGUAGGGUGGAGCUGUCACCCGGUUUGUGGGAAACGUUACCAUUUCAUUAUUCAGAAUGAUGGCAAUCCUUUGUCUGGUUGUCGUCAGACUUGUUGUUCUCGAUGUGGAACUUUGUUGCCCCUCUCUGAAUCAAGGUGUCCUUUAUGUAAAUAUGAGUCGACAGCCGAUGAAUUGGAAGACGGGGCAUAUAUUCAGUUGGAGGAUUCUUCUCAUUUGUUGCAUGCUGUAGUGCAUGGUAAUGGUUACGGCCAUCUUCUCCGAGUAAAUGGCCGGGAAGGCGGUUCGAGAUAUCUAACAGGUCGCGAUAUAAUGGGGUUUUGGGAUCGCUUAUGCAAGUUGCUACAUGUCAGGAAAGUGACGGUUAUGGACAUUUCAAAGAAGUAUGGUAUGGAGUAUAGGCUCCUGCAUGCCGUAACCAGAGGCCACCCUUGGUAUGGCGAAUGGGGCUACCAGUUCGGCACCGGUAGCUACGCUCUCACCUGUGCUUCCUACCGGGAAGCCGUCGAAACCCUCUCCAACGUACCACUGUCCCUCUUCUUCUCCCACACCAGAUCUCCCCAAACCAAAUUACAUGACACCAUUUCCCUCUACUUGUCCCUCUCGUGCCGCCAACUCGCGACUGUGAGGGAUCUCUUUUGCUACAUAACAGACCGGCUCCAUGAUGUUCACAAGCAAUCUCGGCUUGCGACGUCUGAAAAGGAUACCUCCUCUAUGAUACUCUGUGCAUGGACAAAGGAAGAUACAGAGUUGGCAGAGUGUGCCAUGGUCAAAGUUCUCCGGGCUGUUGGUGUGUCGAGAUGGGUUGCUCGGCGUGCACUCAGGGGAGCCACGUCGAAGGCAGUGGAGCCGCUUGAGCUGCUCGAUUACUGCCUUAACGGGUUAGCCGGUAAAACAACAGAUGAUGGCCUAGUCGUUGCCAUUCGGUGCAACGACAAGACAAGUACGGUAGAAUACAGGCUUGAACCGGCUACCAACAAGCCUGAAGCCAGCCGCACCUUCUUUACGCCAUCGGCCGAACACCUCCUGCGCGACCUCAAGUUCCUGUAUGAUGCUCUCCUAAACCCUGCAACCAUGCAACCUUACAACCCAGAGACGACGAGGGCAUACUCCGUCAGUGCUGCAUCAAAACUCCUUGAUUGCAAGCAGUUCAUCAAGCAUUUUGACGAACCACUCGCUUCCUCCUCACCAACCCUGAACCCUUUCAAGCUCCGCGUGUGGUGCCACGCGGAGUUAAUCGACCACCCGAAGGACUACACUGCUCCGCCCCCUGAGCUCCUGCUCCUCUCUCCUGAUGCCACAGUUGCUGACCUGAAGUUACAAGCAACAAAGGCAUUCCAAGAAACAUACCUUGUGUUCCAGAGGUUCCAAGCAGAACAGCUACUAGAUUGUGACAACGUUAGCGACAAUGAUCUUGUAAAGCUUAAGCUUGGUAGAAAUAUAGCAGUUAGGAUCGGAGGAAGGUACGUAGGCGGGGACUACCGCCGGCUGGGGCAGUUCAGGAUGGAGAGGGGGUUGGAUAAUUGGACUGUGGAUUGUACUUGUGGUGCCAAAGAUGACGACGGAGAGCGGAUGCUGGCGUGCGAUACUUGUGGCGUGUGGCAGCACACAAGGUGCGCGGGGAUUAACGAUGCAGAGGAGGUACCUGCAAAGUUCAUCUGUAGGAAGUGCGCAGGUGCGAGGAAGGUCAAAGGCCGCAAUGGAGGCGGCGGCAGCGGUGGUGGAGGAAAGUUCAAAGGCCGCAGUGGAGGCAGAUUGCUGAACAUGAAGAGAUGCAAGGAUGAGAUUGAAUCAGCGUCUAGUGUUGCUGGGAGGUUUGGGCGGUUGACGACCGUCGGCUAACAUUGUACAUAGAGUCUGUAGAGAGAGCGAAGGAAAAGGAAGAGAGAGCUCAGGCCUUUGUAAUAAGUUGUUUUGGCCUUUAUCGAACCCACCCCUCCUUGUUUCUUCAUGUAUGAUACUUAAAACUAUUUCCCUGGUUAGCGCAGAA